AAAACAGCGACAAUUUGUUGCUGACAAAGGACAGCUGGACAUAUAAAGGGCCCCAUUACCUUCAGUAGCUUAGGGCCUCAUCAAACCUAAAUCCGGUAUUAUCCCCACUUCCCAAUUUUUUAGGAGAAGCUGGAGACGGUUUCUAGGAGAUAAAAAUAAGGACUCUUCCUUCUGGGGCAGAAGGUUUUACAUGGAAGCGCCGCCACAGCCAAGAACAUCGGGUAUAAGGAAGGAAUACCCGUGCCCAGAAUGCGGCAGGAAUUUUAAAAGGAACUCUCACCUUGUCCGACACAAAAGGCUACACACGGGCGAGAAGCCUUACAAAUGCCCGGAGUGUGGGAAAAGCUUCCGGCAGAGCACAGAUGUUAAUACACACCGGAGAAUCCACACAGGGGAAACGCCCUUUCAAUGCAACCAGUGUGGGAAAAGUUUUCGCUACCGGACGGGUCUCGUGAAGCACGUGAGGGGCCACGAGGAAGAGAAAGCGAAAGCCCGCAGGAGUUGCCUGGGAUGUGGGAAACUCAUCAGCGGCACUUUGGUCUCAGUUGCCAGCCAGACGUCCCCCACGGUGGGGAAGUCCCACAAAUGCCCUGGCUGUGAGAAGAACACCCAAGAGAGCUCGCAUCUUGUCGUGCACCUACCGGUCCGCGCAACGGAAGAAAACUAUAUGUGUCCCGACUGCGGAGAAGGGUUUUGCCAGAGCUUUCAGCUUAUUGGACACAGGAACCUCCACGCCAGAUUUCAGAUUCCUAAUCCCGGUACUCUCUGCGGCCUGGAGCCGGGCGUUGCGCCUUUGCCCUCGGAUCAUCAGGAUGAGGAGCGGAGGGAGAGUCCAGGAAGCAUCUGUAGAGCCUGCGAUGAUGCGUUGCCCACGGAUCAUGAGGAAGAGGACCCAUCUUCCCAUGAGAGACUUUCUCAGACAUUACUGGGAAGACUGCAGAUACUUGAUCCCCAAAGGAAAGAGGCCUCUAAGGCGAGGCCCGGCUUCUCCAGGGGGCCGGCGGCGAGCGGAAGGGAAUUGGCGGAGGACGGGAGCGCCACCUCUCCCACGUGCGAGCAGUUCCUCAGCUCAGAGAGGAAGCACCUCUGCUUCAUGUGCGGGAAGAGGUUCCGGUACGAGUCCCACCUGGUCACUCACGAGCGGAUCCACACGGGAGAGAAGCCCUUCGAAUGCAGCACCUGCCAGAAGAGCUUCCGGGACCGCUCAGACCUGAGCAAGCACCAGAAAACUCACUCAGUGGACAAACCCUACAAGUGUCUGGACUGCGGCAAAAGCUUUCACCACCAGUUGACCUUUAUUAGGCACCAGAGGCUUCAUCCCAGGGAGAGCUCCUGCGAUCCGGGCCGGGUGUAUUUUGCCAUCCUCCCCCCGUACCACGUGGGCGCAGAGAUGAGCAUUGGGGAUGGGACGGAUCCCCAAGAGAGCUUUGGCUUUCCUUUUAAACAAAAAGUGACAAUGUGGCAAGUGUGAGGAAGGAGGAGAGCUUUCUUUGGAGUGAACGUCCUGUGCUUUCACAUAAAAACUUGGAUGCUGUUGAAGAGACUUAAGAAAUCACGUUCCAAGACCUGCAAAUUGGGGUUGGGGUGAGAGACCACGUAACCCACAAAGCUUUUCCGUAGAGCAAGACAUCUUGGCAGGAAGAGGAGGAGUCAGUCGCCUGCCGGAGAUUUGAUCGAAACCACGUUCCGGUUUAGAAGCCACGCAGCCAAGAAACCACAAAUUGCUGGAAAGGUUUAAAGCGAUGCUCGUGAACCAUUGUGCGUGAAAGAUUGCAACGUUCUGGAGGAGUCCAGC